GUUAAAAGGCGCCCACCCGCCGCAGCAGCAGCAGCGUGGGUUUGUCAGUGGCUGCUGCUUGUGCGCAGUGGAGAAAGCAAAAGGAAAGCGAGAGAGAGAGAGAGAGAUGGCGGAGUGAUUCACUUUGCGGUCUCGAAUUCGCUUGGUGCAGGUCGGGAACUGAUUGCUUCUGUCACCUCCCCUGUCCCUGAUUGCCGACGACAUCUGAUUUAGGUGCGGCAAUUUCCGCUGCGGCGGCGGAAGGGGACGAUUAGAUCCCGCCUUGCAUCAACUGAAUCGGAGGCCGCAGUGAAUUUUUUUUUUUUUUGGGGCGAUGUCGGCCGGAAGAGAGGUUAGACUUGCAUGGCGAUCUGUUUCAGGCGUUUCUGGUUUAGUUUUCAUCUGAUGUCAUCUGCUCUUGUGUCAGAUUCGGUUUCGGUAUGUGCGGUGGCUUUGUUAAUGGCGUGUCUAUUGACUGAGAAAUCAAUUGGUUUCUGAUGAUGGCUUGAUGACUUGUCUGUUAAGUUUUCUGCGAUUGU